ACUUCCAGAAUUGCGCAAUUUUACAUAUCUCCUCUCAGAUUCAAUAAAUGACAUCACUGCUCUUAAAAUGUUUACACCAUAUACUUGGUCCCCGUCAAUAUCGGUGCUCUCAGGUCGUACUCGUGGCCCGACCAGCAUUUGAGCACCGAUAUAAACCAAUGACCUCACUUAUUGCAUUUGGGAGUAAUUACGCAAAACCGCACAAUUCUGAGAGUAACGGUGUGAAUAUUCCCAAAAAAGGAAAAAAAACGCUCGGGAGCUAGCUAGCUAGCUAGGUUAGCUAAGCUAGCUCCGGCCAUGGACAAGAUGAGCAUACCUCAUCUUGAUCCACCUAAAGCUCUUCUUGAGAGAGCCUUUGAGCUUCCCCUCCACAGUGUAUGCCUUAUAGGAAGCAACCCUCUUCUUCCUCUGCAUCUCCGCCGGGUCACCCAAAACCCACCCGACCGACGACGGUUUCCCUUUCUUGUUCUUGAAAUCAUCCUCCCUGCAGCUGUGGUUGGUUUUGUAGUUAGGGUUUGAAAUUGAGUGAUCAGAAGAUGAAUAUGAGGAAGAAGAGGCACUGUGGCAUCUCAGAUUCUCAGAUUUGAGAAAAAAAUUGAAGAUGGUUAAAAUUUUGUAUUCAUAAAAGUAAUAAAAAAAAUUUUUAUCCAUUCU